AUGACGACAUUACAGUCCUUUUCAGCUGAUGACAUAGCUUCCUACCCUGAUUUGGAAAGCAUAAAGCGUGACAUCGUUAAACAAAAGAAGCAAAUCCCUAACAACGUCUAUGUCCUUAUCCAAGAAAACUCAGAAAUCGAAGCAAUUCCCAUUCUCUCCAACGAAGAUCUUCAACGUCUCAAAGAAUAUUCAGUGGAAACAAAUAAAAAAUCAAUCACUCUUGCCUUCACCACAAUAGGCGAAGCUCCAUCAGCCCAACUGCUUCAAGCACCCCGCAUAAUGCCUCAAUCCUUUCAGCCACCUCAAUUUUCUCAAGCAGCCAUAGAUUACGAGCCUUCAUUUACUUCUCCAGUGCUUUUACCGGCCUUUGAUCAAGCAAAAAAUAUCAGCAACAUCGAUGAAGCGAAAAUUGAAAUCGACAGUAAAAAGCCUGAUUUUGCAAUAAUCUCAUCAUCAGGCUGCGAAGACGGAACCAAGGUUAAAUCUAAUUUUACAAUAAGCAAGACCUGGAAUCUUGAAUUAAUAAACACUGAAGGCGUAAAUCUUUAUAUUGAAUGUGUGGACGGAGCUUUUAAAGGAAAACAAUUUAAAGUAGCUGUAGAAAGAACCCAAGCGACUGCAAAAGUGGAAGGGCUGAAGGCGCCUGGAAAAGGAUGGUGCUCUUCAAUCUGGCGCUUAACUGAAAAAGGGUCAGCUUUUGGACCAUGGCUUUGGAUUGAAUUACAAGUAAUCUAA